UGAUAAUGCCGAUGAUCACCAUGAGAUUGGGGAAGCCUAUGGCUCUUACUAUGGCCCCUCCAGUCGAUGGACCUGCAGUAGGAACGCACCAAGAAGGAAGAGUCAGUGUGGCUCCUGGAGCACUUAGGGGUAAUUGCCGUAGGUCCAUUAAAACACGGAGCAGGUUGCUCUUCCACACUAGAGCUCGACGUCUUGGUCUUGCACACAGCCUCAUUGUGGUCAGGACAGUUUGGAUACAACCAUGCAGACAGUUUAUGUCAUGUUUUGGCUGUCUGUUGUUUCUGCUGUACAGUGCCUGGAUUCCAACAUUAUCCGCUCCUCCAGAGAAAUGACAAACUCUCAAGAGUCAGUAUUGCAUCUACAGAGUGACACAGUUGUAAAUUCCCAUAAUUCUGUUAGAAGAACCUCAGCUGUGCAGGGAAUCAGAACAGCUUCACCUCCUGCGCAAGACUGCACCGCUGCACAAGCAACUGAAUGCAAAGGCUCAAAGAAGAAACAGCGCAAUGCUGCCAAGACAAAGGUUCAAUUGGAUGUGCGAGGAAGUCAAAAAGCGCCCGAGAUGUCCCCGUGCGUGCGCUCGCGCGACUGCGAGGAGGGUCUGUGCUGCGCGCUCUACUUGACUGGGAGGAGAUGUCAGCGCGUACCCGCGCUGGGCGAGGUGUGUCUGCUGCGGGGACGCGCCAAAUUCCGCAGAAGACUGGAGCGCUGCGACUGCGACAAGAACCUGCUCUGCCGGGCGCAGCCCCACAGCCCUCGCGGGCAGGGCGUGUGUCACCCCGACCCGAGGAGCUGACAACAGACAAACACAGUCUGAGCGGAAAAACUAACGAGAAACAUGACCAGACAUGUAUGGUUAAAGUAUCUUUGAAGUAAGGAUAACGAGGUUGUUCUAAAUAAAGUUGUUUCUAUAAUUCUUUUGCUUCUAAAGCGUGUAGAAAAGUCAGUGAGCAUGGCUUUGAUUUUCCGUUUAUGCACAUAAAAGUUUGAGUUGAGCGCCCUCUGUCGGGUAUUUUAACUAAUAAGUUUGCUAACCUCGUCUUUAACUCCUGGAAGUCUAUCAGCACCAGUAACCAGAUUUAAAAAGUAACGUAACGCAUUACUUUCCAUAAAAAGUAACUACCGUAAUUUGUUACCGUUUUAGGGAGUAACGCAAUAUUGUAAUGCAUUACUUUUAAAAGUAACUUUUCCCAACACUGAUCAGCACUACACUGUUUCUGGUAUCCGAGGCCAAAUUCAUAGGCGUCUUCUUACCGUUUAAUGCUGCUCAUAAUUGCAUUUACAUCAAUUACUGUGUAUUUUAUUGUAGGGGCUGAGGUGGGCAGACCUCACUUCUUUAGUCUGGCUUUUAUGCAGCAUUGCAUCUUCACACUGAAUUUUGAGCUGGCACACAGCAGCAUUAUCUCUGCUGUGCAAAGACACCCUGUUCAGGUCCUGGCACACCCAUCUAAUGAGCUGAUGAACUGAAUUAAACAUAAGGGAGCUGUAUAAUGUGCAGUGUUGUAUGGCCUCUUUGAGCAGGAUCGGUGAGUUCUUGUUAAUGCACACAACUAAGCGAUUUCUACUGGAUUUUAAUAAAUGUAUUUCAACAUCAUUCAACAAUGCAGUAUUCUCUCAUUUCUAUCUGAAUAACCAGAAAAAGUUAGAACAUUUUAAAGGCCCCCCAAUUACAUUUUAAGAGGACACUUUAAAUGGAAUCAGACUUUAAAAGUGUACAAUACACGCACAAAGAAUUUAUGUUUAUCAGUAACCUGGUUUAGAGCUCACGGGAUCGAUUUAUUAUUCAAUAAAACCCAUCCAAAGCUAUUAGAUUUUUAAACAUUACAUUAAUCUUAAAUAAUGUGACGCAAUGACAAACAUGCAUUUGCCUCACAGGCCAAGCAGGUGCUAUAGUGAUUGUGUUACAGGUUCAAUGAGGUCACUUUAAUUUGGCACCAAGUUCACACAGCUAAGAUUACACAUUUGCCAGCUGUCCUCUUGGCUGGUAUCACAACCUGUAAAGAUAGGAAUAACAUUAUACUGAAUGACACUACAUUUAAUAGAUAUAAUCAAGUUACAUCCUUAAAUGUCACUAGGUUUCUUAUUUUAUGGAAUAUUACUGCGUUAUGAUUUAUCGGUCCAUUUUCUUAAAACAUGCACCAGGGCAAGGGUGGCACAAUAAUCCAAAAAACAGAAAUACACCACUCGCAUUAAACAGCUGCCACAAGUAGUAAACCACAAUGAUCCAACAAUCCAGUUAAUCCCAAAUGAAUGAAACAAAGUUACACCCUACAUUACUUUCCUGGUAUAAAAACCCCAAAAGAAACCUUUCACUUAGAGUAGAAAACUUACAGGCAAAUUGUUGCACGUUCAUAUUAUAGUUUAAACAAAUGGUCCACCCAAAAACAAAUUGGUCUCAAACUUUUCCAUUCAAUUAUUUAUCCCCAUAUAACACUUCUGACGUUAAGUUCUCUGGAGGGCAAGUCUGUUAACUCGAACUGCUCUGACUGGAUUCACUGAGGCAGCUGAACUG